AUGCCGUGGUCCUUUGCUCUCCCGCAGGGCGUGUUUACGUCGCCCCUGCUAUCGGUCGCAACGCCCAUCAUCGGCGGCACGGCCGUCGCCCUGCUCGUCAACCGGAACAACACACAAAAUACCUACCGCGAUCUCCGCCAACCCCCGCUCAACCCGCCGGCCUGGCUGUUUGCCCCAGUCUGGACCGUUCUGUACGGCAUGAUGGGGUAUGCCUCGCACCAUGCCACGGUGACCGCUGCAAACUCGGUUUCCCUGGCUGUGCGGGAGGCCAAUGCAAAGGCCCAAACACUCUACACGACCCAGCUCGCGCUCAACUUCCUCUGGAUGCCGUUGUUCUUCGGGGCGGGUCGACCGGCCUCGGCCCUGGGCGAUAUGGCCCUGUUGGUAGGCAACGUGACGGCCCUUCUGGCCAACUGGUGGUCGGCGGAUCGCAUAGCCUUUUGGCUGAUGGUUCCGUACUACGCGUGGUUGGGAUAUGCGUCGUAUCUCAAUGUGGGCGUGGGGUAUUUGAAUGGAUGGUCGUUGCCCGAUAAGAAGCGCUCGGAGUAA